AUGGCGGGCUCGUCCCGCAACUUCUUCGACCAAAGCGACUACGAUUCGGGCUUGCUCCAUGAAGAUGACACUGGAGACCUUUCGAUAGGGCAGAUCCCGUCUGUCGCCCCUGUGAAAGCCGCAGCCUUCGAACCUACAGAAACCACUACCCGGCAUCGCAGGAAUGGCACCUCAGAUGGCUUCUCCCAUACCCAACACCACAAUCCCGAUUCAGACAACAAAGAUGUCCCAACAGACUCCUACAUAGACUCCUAUCCAACCUUCCACCGCACGGGCGCAGGCUACGACGACCUCUCCGCCAUCGACUGGAUCUUCGAGUACGCGAAAGAACGCGCCCGCCUCAAACGCCUCCUCACCACCUCUUCUCACGGCCUGACCCGCGCCCUGAAGCAACUCGCCGAUGCCUCCCACGUCUGGGUUGUCCUCGUCCUCACCGGCGUCUCCGUCGGCUUCUUGGCUGCGGCCAUUAGCAUCGCAAGCGACUGGCUGGGUGACAUUAAGUUGGGCUACUGCAAGACGGAUCUCGAUACCGCUGGUGGCGGUGGUUUCUACAUGAGCCGACAAUUCUGCUGCUGGGGUCACAACGACCUCGCCGAGUGCGUCGACUGGACGCCCUGGCGGAAGGCUAUGGGCUUGUCAAAUGCUGGCGUGGGCUACACGAUCGAGUUCAUCCUCUUCGUCUGCUUCGCGAUCGUCUUCGCCCUCAGCGCCGCACUCCUGGUCAAGUCCUACUCCCCCUACGCGAAAUCCAGCGGCAUUCCAGAGAUCAAGACCCUUCUCGGAGGAUUCGUCAUCCGCCGCUUUUUGGGAGGCUGGACGCUUCUCACCAAAUCCCUGGGCCUGUGCCUCGCGGUCUCAUCGGGUCUGUGGGUUGGGAAGGAAGGGCCACUGGUGCACGUCGCGUGCUGCUGCGCCAACAUCAUCAUGAAGCCCUUUUCCACCCUGUCCCAGAACGAAGCUCGCAAGCGCGAAGUCCUCUCUGCGGCGUCCGCAGCCGGGAUCAGCGUCGCCUUUGGCGCGCCCAUCGGCGGCGUCCUCUUUUCUCUUGAACAGCUGUCCUACUACUUCCCCGACAAAACCAUGUGGCAGUCCUUCGUCUGCGCCAUGGUCGCCGCCGUGUCUCUCCAGGCCCUAAAUCCAUUUCACACGGGGAAGAUCGUGCUGUUCCAGGUGACACACUCCAGCGACUGGCAUAGCUUCGAGCUCCUCCCGUUCGUGCUCUUGGGCAUCAUCGGCGGGCUCUACGGUGGGCUAUUCAUCCAUCUGAACAUGGCUGUCACCCGCUUUCGACGCUCAGAGCACAACCCUCUACGAGACAAACAACUCAUGGAAGUCCUCCUGAUUGCAGCCGUGAGCGCGGUUGUCAACUUCCCCAACAUAUUCAUGCGCGCGCAGCUCCCGGAGCUGCUCAACACGCUAUUCUCCGACUGCGCUGUGACAGGCAACACGGACUCCUUUGGUCUCUGCAGAGCCACGGCCGCGGGAUCGUUCUCAAUGACAUCACUCCUCAUCACCGCCGCAGGCCUGGGCUUCCUUCUCGCGGCAAUCACGCUCGGUCUGCCUAUCCCUGCGGGCAUCAUCUUGCCUUCCCUGGCAAUUGGCGCUCUCUCCGGACGCGCCGUCGGCAUCGCUGUCGAGAUGCUACAUCGCCAUUUGCCUACCUCAAUCAUCUUCUCGGCUUGUGAGCCAGACACCGCGUGCGUUAUUCCAGGAACAUACGCGAUUGUCGGCGCCGCUGCGUCCCUCGCGGGCGUCACGCGCCUGACAGUGUCCAUCGUUGUCAUCAUGUUCGAACUCACCGGCGCGCUGUCCUAUGUUCUACCGAUCAUGAUCGCAGUCAUGCUGGCGAAGUGGAUCGGCGAUGCUAUCUCGCAACGGGGAAUCUACGAGGCCUGGAUCUAUCUCAACGAGUAUCCUUACCUGGACAAUAAGGACGAUACCAAGAUUCCGCAUGUGCCUGUAUCGAAUGUCAUGACUGAGCUGGCAGACAUGACCUGCUUCGACGCAUCGCGGACUUACACUGUUGGCACGUUGCAGGCGAUUCUGGAAAAAGCUGGCAAUGGAAAGGGCAAGGGCAAGGCCUUUGGUCCGGCAGCAGCAGCGCGGAACGUCCUCCUCGGGUACAUCUCACGAACCGAACUUGCCUUUGCGCUCGAAUACGCCGUCGUAGCCCAGCGAGACGCCAGCAACACCAAUACUCGGAAGGAUAUCGAAUGCUACUUCCGCCAGCCCAAGAACAGAACAGAUCUGACCAAUUCGCUAGACCUGCGGCCCUGGAUGGACCACACACCCAUCACCCUACAUGUCAACAGCACGUUCCAGCUUGCCGUCAGCAUGUUUCAGUCCCUCGGACUGAGGAACUUGCUUCUGGUAGACAGGGGAGCGUUCAAGGGCAUCCUCACCAAGAAGGAUGUCUGGUGGAUUCUCAACGCAUCCGAGGAUGCGCGGAAGAACCAGCGAUUCGUGGCUGGAACUGGGGUGCUGAGAGAGCAGCCUAUCCGGGAGGAUGAUGGGCCUGAAGGCGACGUGAAGCUCGCGACAGGAGGGACGAGGAGGCUAGGGGCUUGUUAG